CUCUAUCGUCUCUGCCAGCACCAUCGAUACCAUCUUGCCCCCACAUCCUCAUCGAAAAUACCCUUUGUUUUAUCUCGUCCUUUGUCUUUCCCUCUCCUCCAUUUUAUCCCUUAUCUCUCUUCGGUUUAAUUUCUCCCUCUCUUAUCUCCCACUGCUCUUUCUUUUCUCUUUCCUUUUUUUCUCCAUUUCAAAAUGAGAUUUCCUACAGACUGGGGUGUUCUCAACAUGGACUAUGGUACCCCAUACCUCUUUGGCUUUUCCACUGAAGAUUACGUCGAUUACUCCAUCUUCUUGACUGAUUUACGAAGCGUUUGGGCCGAAACUCUUACCAAUGAGCAACUAACCCAAAAGGCAAAACAAAUUGGCUUUCCCAUCUCCAGUAACAACGACAUCUAUGUCAUCGUCAACCUACUAAAAAACUCCCUACUAAACAAAAACCAAAACUCCUACUACCACUCAGAGUUCCUAAUAAUAAAUGACAGCAACUUGAACAAGAUUCCCAACGAAAUCAGCUUGAUUCUAAAACCAAAGUCUGAACCAGACUUCAGAUGGAACUUUGACUGCAAAAUCCUAUCCAACAUCGACUCAAUAGAGUUCCUAAGAGUCUUUCAGUUCAACAACUUUUCCAUCAUAAACAUUCUCAAAAUGCAAAUCUUCUCUCUCGUCAACCAGCUAAAACAAAAGGAUAACACCAUCCAGUUCCUAAAUGACAUUGUUCUAGAACUAAAUGGCCAAUCAAAACUACAAAACUGGUCUCUCAACCUAAAUAAAUUUGACUACAAUCUCUGGUGUAGCACCAUUCUAUACAACGAUUUCAAAAACUACACUAACCAAUACAGCACCAACACUAACUCCACCACUAACACAACUAACGAUUCAAAUUCAACCUCAAACCUCAACAAUACUCCCUACAUUUGGGACAUAAUAAAAGAAACUGCCUCUACUUACGACUUGUGGAACUUCUCAGGUUUGUACAACGAAGAUUGCAAAUUAUCAAAAUACAAAGACUCAAACUUUAUGGAUCUCAAUCUAAGCAUGAACCUCCAACUUGGUAAUCACACGAACUUUGAUAUCAAUCCCAAUAACAACAUCAACAAUAUCAAAAAUAUUAAUCAAAACAACAACAACAACAACAACAACAACAACAAUAACAAAAACAAAAACAAAAACAGCAACAACAACAACAACAACAGCAACAACAACAACAACAACAGCAACAACGUUACCGAGAACAAUAAUCCAAUCUCUCAAAAUAACAUUAAAUCAGAUACUAACAAAAACAACUCCAAAUCAGACACUAACAUUAACAGCUUUCCCAAUAUCCCAAGCGACCCUUUAAAUGAUAACUACUCAACUGACUCUGAUGAAGACACCUUGGAUGAUCCCUUCAACGACAACUUAUCUUCCCAAUUCAAAAAUAUCAAAAACAUUAACCUUCCAAAUUUACAAAAACUACCUAAUCUACCAAAACUACCAAGUUAUUCUGAAUUGCCUAGAAAUUGUAAUAUUCUUACAAACCCUGAUUACUCUCUUCAAAAAUAUAAACAAAUUUUGUCCCCAAAAAAGAGAAGAAAAAUUGAUCCCCUAAGUUCUGAUCCAAAUCACAAUCCAAAUCACAAUCCAAAUCCAAAUCAGAAUCAGAAUCAUCACCAUAAUGAUGAUAAUACUCACAAUACUAAUGAUAGCACUCUCAGCACUAAUAAUACUAAUAAUACUAUUAAUACAGACUCAAUCAAACCCAAAAGGCUACCCACCCCAAUCACUUCAACCAAAAACAUCAAACUUAGUCCUAUCGAUAACCUAUCUCUAUCCUUCUCAGAAUAUGACAUCGAUAGCCCAAGAAAAAAACAAUCCUUUCAAUUUCCUUCUCCAGUUAAAAAAACAAAGAAGAAAAAAUUUAUCAAUCCAAUAAUAAAAAGAAAACAAAAACUCGCUAAUCAAAAAUUUACUAAUCAAAUUGAUGAAUUUCUUAAAAUCCAAAAUCCAAACUCAAGCUCAAUUGAAAAUGUAAUUGCAAACAUAAAAUCAAAUGCAAAUUCAAGUCCAAGUACAAGUACUGAUACUGAUACUGAUCCUGAUACAAUUGAAAAUCACUCAUCUUUGAAUUUCAAUAUUGCUAAAAAUAAUAACGCCAAUACAAAUAAAAUCAACAAAAACAAUUCAUUAAAUCCAUCAAUUAAAAAAAAUAAAAAUCGUCACGAUUUUAAACUAAAAAAUGAAUAUGAUAAUUAUACUACAACUGAAAAAUUACCAAUACCGAAUGGUGUAAAAAAUCAGCAUUUCUCAGAUGACGAUAAAAAAACCAAUGAAGAUAAAAAUAAUACUCAACUCUUACCUCAACCAAUUAAAAGAGCUCAAACUAUACUAGCCAGAAAAAGAAGAGCAAAUAUUCCAUAUUCGGGCGAAAUAAAAUCUGCUAGGUAUGGAUGAUCUUUUUUUUUGAAUUCUUGAAAGGAAAAUCUUACUUUUUAAUUUUAUUUUGUUUUAAAAUAAAAUUAAAUUGAAUAUUAAUGAAUAUGAUUAUAAUGAAAGCUAUGAUUUUUUUUUUCAUAUUUUUUUCUUAUCAUUUUCUUUUUCUCUUUUAUUUUCUCUUUUGUUUUUGUUUCCAUUGAUAUCGUUAAUUUUCUUCAUAUUAAUUUCUUAUAGAUCUGAUUUUAAAGCUAUUUGUUAAUUUUUAUCAAUUGCUUGAUAUUUGAUUUUUGUUGUUUUCAAUUUUUUAUUGAAAUUA